AUGGCCUCAGACGAAUACCCACCUUACAUACCGAUGCCCUCGCUAGGCCACGAGCUAGGGCUAAUGUUCGGCUUCUUAUCUCUCUGCAUAGUGGUUAUGGGUGCAUAUGUUGCUCUCUGGCGUGUAUCCCAAACCCGCCUAGACGCCCAAGACCUCGCCCGCCGCAAACCAUUCCGCAACAAAAACCCAGCGCUAGGAACAACAACCUCCGUGACAGCAGGCCGAAACCCAAGUCCAAGCAAAGACUCAACAGCCGUGCAAGAAAAAAUGCUCGAUCGCGUCGCCAUGCCCGAGAACCGUGCCGAGCUACCAGUCCACGGGAUGGAGAUGUACGCUGCUGGGAAGGCGAAUUCGAGCACGUCGCAGACCAGAAGUCCGCUUGGUCAGUCUAUGCUCAGUCCUAUUAGUCCUGCUAGUCCGCUUGGGAGUGGCGGGCUUGCGGGUAGGGCUGCUGGUUCUGUUAGUCGGGUUGGUGGUGGGAUUGCGCUUGAGUCUAUCGUCGGGAUGGCGUGGGAGGGGGGAAGGCGUUUGAGUCAGGGUCCUUUGAGUGAUGGGUUUCGGUUGGCGAGUCCGGCGAGGAGGUUCGGGGGUGGGAGUGGUCCGCUUGUUGAGAUUGGGCCGGCGCCUAGUCGGGAAUAG